AUGGGCUUAUACGAGGAAUUAUUAAUUUGGGCUACUGUCGGUGCUUGCACUAACGGUCUUGCCCGCGGCAUCAGAAAUAAGCCUUUGGCUUUUAAGCCAUUAGGCUACCUUUACGGUGCCAUCAUCGGUGUUGGUCUUGGUUUUGUUGCUGAGUCUGCCAGAGCGCAACAGGCUGAGUUCAACAACAGAAAGGUUCAGGCUCUGCUUACCGCCAGAGAGUCGCGACAAUAA